UAUUUCGAACAGUUAAAGUCAGAAGUAACAGAUGAAAAAGUUGUUAUACAAGUUGAUUUCGCUGAAAAUUUUGGAUUGAAAGAGCAAGACGAAAUUCAAAGUGCUCAUUGGAAUAGAAAAACUCUAUCUAUAUUUACAGCUUAUGUAUGGUCUAAAAGGUUUUUCAUUUACGCUUCCAUCGAAUGGCGUCUCUCACGAUAAAUUUGUUGUAAACUCGGCUAUUGAAAUUAUUUUAAAUGAACUUAAAACACGUGUACCGAAUUUAAAACAAAUUGAUUUCUUUUCUGAUGGCGCAGUCUCAUAAUUUAAGCAACGUUUUAUGUUUCGUAAUUUAAUUCAGAUUGCUCAUGAAUAUAAAAUAGCUUUAAGUUGGAGUUUCUUUGCUACAAGUCAUGGAAAAGGUGUUGUUGAUGGUCUUGGUGGGACUGUUAAGAGGCUCGUUUGGUCAGCAGCAUUGGCAGGUGAUAAUUAUAAAUCAGCGAAAGAUUUUGUUAAGUUAGCGCAACAGGAAACAAAGAAGAUAAUUAUGAUUGAAAUUACGAAAAAUGAUAUUGAUAAUUCAAAACUAAAACUAGAAAAUAUAUUUAAAGUAGCUAAAUCUGUACCAGAAACACUCAAAACACAUUCUGUAAAAGUAAUUGAUAAUAAAACAAAGAAAAUAAUUAAAUAUGACUAA